GUUUAAUGGUGGGAUCUCAUACAUAACUCCUCAGUCUUCAUAUUUUAACAGUAAAAUGACUUUGAAAAUUGAGAAAGACAACCAUCCAUCCAUCCACCAAAUAACCUUCUUCUAUAUACUUUGAAAAGAUCAUUUCACCAAACCCCAAUUAAACAAACACAACCUAAUUGAAUUCACGUCUAUUUCUUUCUCAAAUGUCUCUCAUUUCUUCCUCUAUAUUUCUACCUCUUUUCUUAUCUUCUUUGCUCACUUUUUAUUCUGAUUAUUCUAUUUUUCUCUUUUUCUUCUUUCUUCUCUGCCAUGCAGUCUUUUCGUCGUAAGACACCUCUUUUCAACUCAGAAGCAGGGACAAUGAAGGGUCGCAAGAACAAUAACCUUUCCAUUUUUGUAGUGGUUUUUUCCAUUUGUCUCUUUGCUGUCUUCAUAUACAAUGAAGACGUUAAAUCAAUAGCUGAGUUUCCAUUUUCAAGGCCUAAAGUACAAGAAACCCAUCAAGAAAAACCGAAUAAGAUCGAGUCAUUACAAAAAGAUACAAAGAAAGUGGUUGUAGAAGAAGACACUGUUGAUGUUGAUGAUACCAAAAAAGAUGUUGUGGAAGAAACUGUCACUGUGAAAGCUUCUAAGAAUUCAAGAACUAAACCUGAGAAGAGUGUUGAUGAUGAUGAAGAUUCUGAUGAGCCACAAGAACGUGUUAAGGUGAAAAAAAUUGUUAUGACAGAGAAAGAGGAGAAGAUUGAAUAUUUAGAAGAAGAGGAAGAAGAUGAAGAAGAGGUUGAGUUGCCACCAAAAGAUUGUGACUUGUUCAAUGGUAAAUGGGUUUUAGAUAACGUGACACAUCCUUUGUAUAAAGAAGAUGAAUGUGAGUUUCUCACUUCUCAAGUUACAUGUAUGAGGAAUGGAAGACGUGAUUCUUUGUAUCAGAAUUGGAAAUGGCAGCCAAAAGACUGUUCUAUGCCAAAGUUCAAGCCAAGAUUGUUGUUUAAGAAGAUUAGAGGGAAGAGGUUAAUGUUUGUUGGAGACUCUUUGAAUAGAAACCAGUGGGAAUCAAUGGUUUGUAUGGUUCAAUCUGUAGUUCCUUCGGAUAAGAAGACUUGGUACAAGACUGGUUCUUUUGCCAUCUUGAAAAUUACGGAGCCAGGACACAUAAUUACUACAGUGGAAUUUUACUGGGCCCCAUUCCUUGUAGAAUCAAACUCAGAUGAUCCAAAUAUGCAUAGCAUAUUGAACCGUAUAAUCAUGCCUGAAUCAAUUGAAAAGCAUGGAGUGAAUUGGAAGGAAGCUGACUACCUUAUCUUUAACACCUACAUAUGGUGGAUGAACACUUUUAACAUGAAAGUCUUACGAGGUUCAUUUGAUGAAGGGGCCACGGAAUAUGAUGAAGUCUCUAGGCCAGUAGCAUAUGAGAGAGUAAUGAAGACAUGGUCAAAAUGGGUGGAUGACAAUAUUGACCCAAAUAAAACCAAAGUUUUCUUCACUGGCACGUCCCCUCUUCACAUCAAGAGUGAGGACUGGAACAACCCAGAUGGUAUAAAAUGUGCUAAAGAAACAACUCCAGUUCUCAACAUGUCGACCCCUUUGAAUGUGGGCACAGAUCGUCGCCUUUUCGUCAUUGCCAACAAUGUAACAAAAUCAAUGAAGGUGCCAGUGUAUUUCCUUAACAUCACAACCUUAUCAGAGUAUCGAAAAGAUGCGCAUACCUCUGUUUAUACCAUACGUCAAGGGAAGAUGCUAACACCUGAACAACAAGCUGAUCCAACUACUUAUGCAGAUUGUAUUCAUUGGUGUUUACCAGGCUUACCAGACAUUUGGAACGAGUUCCUUUAUACGCAAAUCAUCUCUCAAUCUUGACAAAUAACGUACAUAUAUAUCUUCAUACACGAUACCUUUUCUUUUUCACUUAAUUGUUAUUAUUUCUCCUUUUACUUAAGAAGAAAGUUUGUCCCUUGUUUUAACUUUCUGACCUCAACUUUUGUUGUCUCCAUCAGUUUUUGUAAUUUUUGAGCCACUUUUUAUUAGUUUUUUUAGGAGCUGGCCAAUUCUUUUUGUUACCCUUUUACUUCAUCAUGUUUAUUUGUUAAGCCAAUUUAGCAUAGCAAGAACAUAAAUUGUACAAUGAAUCCUUGUUCCUUGAAUGAAGAAAAAAGAAAUAAAGCACUUUGUUUAGUUCAA